AUGGCGUGCGGCACGCUGCCCGUGAUUGACCUGAGCCUGGCCAGCGGGCCGGACCGGCCUGAGGUGGUCCGCCAGCUCACACAAGCCCUGGAGACAGUCGGCUUCUUCUACGUCGAGGGCAUCGACGGCUAUGACGAGGAGCAGCUGAUGACGCACACAAAAUGGUUCUUUGACUUGCCGGACCAUGUGAAGAUGGGCAUUGCCAGAAGCAACUUCAACCCGACCACACAGAUCCGUUAUAGAGGCUAUUUUCCCGUGGACAAAACCAAUGCGUCCCAUAAAGAAG